UACAGUCUACGGUUGUGAAAGAUUGCACUACAAUAAUAAUAAAAUAGUAAAUACAGUGUGCAAUAUCGAAAGAGGAAUAAAUGGUGAAGAUUACGUUAAUACAAUGACAAAUGUUAUACGUAAAUAGAUAAGUACGUAAAUAAAUAAGUAAAUAAGUAAAGAAAUUAUUCUCGAUACGGAUAAGUAUUAAGAAAAGAAAGGUGUUAUACAUUCAAUUUAGCCGCUUAAGAAAAGUUAGUAAGCAUGGAAGAAAAACAUGAUUCAAACAUAGUGGAGGAUGAGGAAUUAGAAGAAUCAGAAAAUAUAAUAAUAAACGAAGUUGAUGGGUUACCAAAUUUACAUCCUAAUUACCAACAAUUAGGAUUUGAGUUUGAUGUGCAGAAAGAUCAUAAUGAUAUAAGUACAAGGUCUGUCGAAGAUUUAGUGCACGAUGAAGAUUUGCCCACUUCAGUCAUUGUUACCAAUGUUGAUCCUCGGGUUUUCAAAAGCGAUGAAUUAAAGCAAGAAAUAGAGAAUCUCUUUAAAAAAUUUGGAGAAGAUGCUACAUUUCAAUAUUUUAGAUCAUUUAGAAGAAUGAGAGUAAAUUAUAGUUCUCCAAAUGCAGCAGCAAAUGCCAGAAUACAGCUACAUCAAACUCACUUUGGUGAGACCAAUAUCAAUUGUUAUUUUGCACAACCUGUUACUCCAAUAGAUAUAGAAGAUCAACAUCUUCAACCACCAGCUCUUACUAAACAGUUCCUAAUUUCGCCACCUGCUUCACCACCUAUUGGAUGGGAACCUAAAGAAGAGAAUGAACCUUUAGUUAAUCAUGAUUUAUUAGCAGCUAUAGCCAAUUUAUCUGCAGGAGGCAGUCAUGAAUUACAUCCUGGAGGUUCGGGACAACCAGGUAUAGUAGUUCAUGUUUGUGAAACAACAAAUCCUAUGAAAAAUGUUCCACGUAUUCAACACACGCGUUGUCCAGAACAUUCAUAAGCAAUUUUACUAGAAAUAUUGCCAUCCUAUGACAAUGAAUUAUUUAUCCAUCCAGCAAGCAAUUAGAUGCAUUACAGACAAUGAUAUUCAACAUUUAAAAAUUUGUUAUUGUCAUAUUGCAAAAUUGAUAUUUCAUUAAUUUGUGAUAACAAUUAUCACAGGAAAUGAUUUGUAAAUGUUUUUUGCUCAAAUACAAAUAUAUAUGAAUAAUGUUAUCUCAUGCUGGUAUUGCAAAUAAAAAUAUAUUGUCAAAAACGUGAUAUAACUUGACAUAACGUAAAAAUCAUCGAAUACUAAAUAAUGUACAAAUAAAAUAUUAGAAAAAUAAUUUCAGAAUAGUUUCAUAAACUUUAUAGUGAUUUCAAUAUUUUUUCGAUUUGAAAAUGUGAUCGAAAAUAUUAGAUGCUUAUUCGACAUUUGAAAAUUAAUAAAAUUAACAAUAAAGUGUCAAGAAUAAAAGGUAUUGAAGUUAGCAAUAUUGAAUCUAUUUCAAAUUGAUGUCAAAUGCUCUUAAAGAAAAUAAAUGAAUUGUACGAUUGUAGAAGAAAUAAAUAGAAUUAAUUUCUCGGUCUAAUGAUUAUUUUGAAAUUUAAGGAACAAUUAACUUGAAAAUACAGAUUUAUAAGCAAAUAGGUAUAUGUGCGCUAAAUUUAAGGGCAAUUAUAAACCUUGAUGUAUAUUUAAUGUACAUACAUAUAUGUUAAUAUGAAAGUGUAACACGUAAACAAAAAUUACCAUUGUAACUACUCUCGAUUAUAGUUUAAUUAAUUAAUAUUAGAGUUGAAAAAUUAAUAAUUUUGCUUUUCUUUUUUAAUAUUAUAAAUUUUUGCAAAAUAUACACAAUGGUAAAUAAACAUUUAAUAAUGUUAUUUCAUUUGGAAAACAUUGAUUGUAAUUACAAGUACUGCAUAUUGUUCACAGUGUAUUAGUGUUACUACUCUACUGUAACAGUAAUAUUUACAUAUACGUGUACGUAAAUGUAUAUAAUGUUCUUACUCACAUGAAAUGUGUUUCAUAUUGAUGUAAAAUUUAAUCUAGUGUAGAAUCUAACAUAGAACUGUUGAAAAUUUAUAAAUAUGUUAUAAUAAAUUACUUUUGUGUGAAUAAAUAUGUUAUUCAAAGUUUGCCUUUUGUGAGUGAAUGUUACGCAAACAAAAUAAAAUAUGGUAAAGCUUAUCUUGAAAUUAUUGUAUAGUAAUGUUUGAAAGAGUGAUAUUAAUGAAAAAUCGUUCAUUUUAAUGGAAUGUUUCUCAUAAAACUAUUUCUGGGAAAAAUAUAAUAAGAUGCAUCGAAAAUUAUAAAAAAUUGUCCUUUUAAUUCUGAAAUUGUUCGCUUUUACACUUAUUAUUAGCUUACUGAAAUAAUAUAAAAGCUUUAUACACACAGACGGUAAUAAUAGUAUUAAGUCACGAGUUUAUGAUUCAUGACAUACAUAAUUGUAUGAAACCUUUUCAGUACAGAGAUUAUACAUUGUUUUUUUAAUUUAAUAAAA